AUGCUCGAUAAGAGGGGAAAGGGACCACGAAUUGGGGAUCUCUUGCGACACAAAACAUUUGACAGUAAGAGAUCCCGGUCUUCAUUCGGUGCCAUAAAUCCCAUCUCUCAGUCGCCAAAUCAAAAAAUAUUAGAUAUACUUAAAAUAGUUUUCGGGAAUAAUUGUAAAUCAUUUACAGCCAUAAGACGAGAGGACGCGUCGGUAUGGGAAAGGAGGGCUCCGUUGGCACCCCUUCACGUCAGACAAUUGGUGAAGAAAGGAGUCAAAGUGAUAGUACAGCCGUCCAACAGAAGGGCCUAUCCUUUGCAGGCCUACGUUCAGGCGGGGGCUGUCAUCCAAGAGGACAUCAGUGAAGCGCCGGUUAUUAUUGGUGUUAAACAAGUGCCCAUCGAUUCAUUGCUACCCAACAAGACAUAUGCCUUCUUCUCGCACACCAUCAAAGCUCAAGAGGCAAAUAUGCCACUCCUUGACGCCAUCCUCGACAGAAACAUCAGACUUAUCGAUUACGAGAAAAUGGUCGACAAUUCUCAAAGAGUGGUGGCUUUCGGCAGAUUUGCGGGAAUCGCGGGAAUGAUUGAUAUAAUGCAUGGAUUAGGACUAAGACUGUUAGCACUGGGACAUCACACCCCGUUCAUGCAUAUAGGACCGGCACAUAACUACCGCAACAGCGGAAUGGCUAAACAGGCCAUUAGAGACACUGGCUAUGAGAUAGCACUGGCUAUGAUGCCACGAUCUCUCGGGCCCCUGACUUUCAUAUUCACGGGCUCCGGCAAUGUAUCUCAAGGAGCGCAGGAGAUAUUCCAAGAGUUACCGUACGAGUACGUGGAUGUGAAGGACCUGAGCAAAGUGGCUCAGUUGGGUCAGCCCACCAAAGUGUACGGCUCUAUCGUCACUCGCGCUGACCAUUGGGUCCGCAAAGACGGCGGUGACUUUGAUCCCGAGGAGGCAAACCUGCAUCCGGAGAGGUAUUACUCGAACUUCGCCACAGAGAUAGCCCCACACGCUUCAGUAAUUGUCAAUGGGAUCUAUUGGUCACUCAAUUCACCCAAGCUCUUGACUAUACCGGACGCCAAACGACUACUUCAACCCCAGUAUACGCCAUGGCUUCCCAUAUCAGUGGGAUCGCCAGCACUGCCGCACAGACUGAUUGCCAUCUGCGACAUCAGUGCAGAUCCGGGCGGAUCCGUUGAAUUCAUGACUGAGUGCACGACAAUUGAUAAUCCGUUUUGUCUCUACGACGCCGACUAUAACAAACACAGCACUGAUUUUGCAGGCCCUGGAGUUCUGGUUUGUUCAAUAGAUAAUAUGCCGACACAACUGCCAUUAGAGUCGACCCAAUCGUUUGGAGAUCUCCUCAAACCAUAUAUCGAUGAUAUCGUUAAUUCUGAUGCAACACAACCUUUCGAUAAAACAAGCUUCGGAUCCGUUGUCAAGAGCGCCUGCAUUACGAGCAACGGUAGUCUUACCCCUAAUUUUGAAUAUAUAAUGGAUUUGCGACAGAAGAAAGAUUCAGUGAUUUCCACCAAAAAGAGAUCAUCCAAUGAGAAACAUGUUUUGGUUUUGGGCGCCGGCUAUGUGUCGGCACCACUCGUGGAACUGCUCACUCGAAACCCGAACAUUGAUGUGACGGUCGCCGCAGACUUACAGGGACCGGGCGAUGAAUUGAUCAAAAAGGCCAACAAAUCCAACGCCCACUCCAUUGUGAUUGAUGUGACGAAAAAUAGCGAACAUUUGGAUAAAUUGAUUGAGGAAUCAGAUCUUGUGGUCAGUCUUCUCCCCUAUUCAUUGCACCCAAACAUAGCCGAGAAAUGCAUUCGUAUGAAGACUAAUAUGGUUACCGCCAGUUAUACGACCCCUCAGAUGAGGGAACUGAACGCAGCGGCCACUGCGGCCGGCAUUACCAUUGUCAACGAAGUAGGUCUUGAUCCGGGUAUUGACCAUCUGUUGGCCAUGGAGUGCUUCGAUCACGUCCACUCCAAUGGUGGCAAAAUCACAUCAUUUGUGUCAUAUUGCGGAGGAAUACCAGUGCCAGAGAACGCCGACAACCCAUUGAGAUAUAAGUUCAGUUGGAACCCGAGGGGAGUCAUACUAAACAGUGUGGCCGCAGCCAAAUGGAUAGAGAACAAUGAGGUAAAGGAGAUCCCGGCCGGUGGUGCCCUUAUGGACCACAAGACUGACAUCGACUUCUUGCACGGAUAUAAUCUCGAAGGCUAUCCAAACAGAGACUCAACUAUUUAUAAAGAUAUUUAUGGCAUAUCUUCUGCAAAGACUGUACUUCGAGGAACUCUGAGAUAUAAAGGUUUUUGUGAUGUAAUGAAAGGCUUACAUCUCAUGAAUUUAUUGGACACAACACCUCAUCCAUCACUUCAUCCCAAUGGACCGGAUAUAACAUGGAAACAGUUUAUGACUAAUCAAUUGGGACAUCACGACGACAUCCUCCCCUCAAACCUGAAGAAUCUGCUCUUUGAAAGGGUUGGCAACGAAAUGAGAGUCGAUUCCAUCGAGAAGUUGGGUCUUCUGGAAGAGGAAUUGAUCGCAAAACUUAAUACACCAAUCGAUACCAUCACUCACUUCUUGGCCAACAAGCUGUCGUAUAAGUCGAACGAAAGGGAUAUCAUAAUAAUGAGACAUAAUAUCGGUAUUGAAUGGCCGGACGGUACUCGCGAGGAGAAACACAUAAAUUUUGUGGUCUAUGGCGAUCCCAAUGGACACUCAGCUAUGGCUAAAACGGUUGGAUAUCCGGCCGGAAUCGCUGCUAAUAUGGUAUUAAACGGCGAAAUACAGACCAAAGGAGUGAUCGCACCCAUGACGUCGGAAAUAUAUCACCCGAUGCUUAUGAGACUACACGACGAGGGCAUCCUAUCCAGUGAGACCUCAACUAAAUUAUAAGCUAUUAUUUAUAUUAUUUAAAAAAUACAAAUAAAAGUUUGUUGGUUUAUAUUCAAAAAUGAAAUUCUUGUGUAUAAUCUUGUAGUAAGUUAAACACUUUUGUGGCACA